AUGAAGAAAACAAUUCCAAUUGCUCAAAUCGAAGAGAAAGUUCGGGGCUGGACGGCGUUGGUCCAGGUUCUCGACAGGAGUCACAUUUUAGUGAGCGAGGAAAAUCCAACCAUCUCAUGUCGUCGUUUCGUAUUUGUCGAUUUGGAUGGCACAAGAGUAUCAACAGUCGCAUACAAUGAAAAUAUACCGCCAUCUUCAACGCAUCUAAUCCCGUUGAAGAAAUACUAUGUGUCUGGGGCUACACUAAAAAAGGCAACUGAAAGCGACAAGAUUGGGCCUUAUCACUUCACAUGGACCAUCAAUCAUAACACUUUCAUUGAGCCCUAUGAGGACGGGCUGGUGGAGGAAAUGUUCUGGCCUAUAGAGUACCAAAAAUUUGGUAAUCUACAACGAUUUAUAGACACUGAAGAUUUACAGAACAUUCAGGGACUGGUGGCGCACGCAUUUGACGUGAAAGAAAUUGGCUUGCAAACCAUCAGUAGGGACAUUGUGUUGGUCAAUAAUGAGAGGAUUCCAAUAAUACUCACUCUCUGGAAUACUUAUGUUGCAAAUGAAGGUUACCAGUUGGCAAGCACCGUUAGUGCAGGGAAUGUUGUUCUUGCUAUGCGUGUUAAAGUUACAACAUUGCAUGGACUUUCAUUGUCCACUAGAGCUGGAAGUUCUAUUCUCAUCAAUCCACCGAUACCCGAAGCUGCUAUCCUCAGACAAUGGUACCUGCAGGAGCAGGCUGUUGUUGCAGACCUCGUGGCAACUGAAGCUUACAAAAAUACUUCGGUUUUACUGCCGCCGCCACACCCUAAAGACAUCAAGAUCGUGCAGACACUCGUUAGUCCUAACAAUGAGCCUGGUGAAGAGAGUGAAAUGCAAACAGCGAAUCCAAAAGCAUGUAUUCAGGCGGUGGCUGGAGAAACAAUGGGCAAAGAUGAUGCUCUUGCAUCUAACCCGCUGAGUAGAAACUUCAAGAACGGAAAAAAUACCAUCGGCAAUGUGGAUGAUUUCCACGGCGCUGAGUGUAGUGGAACAUAUCCUACAAAGAAAAUUGUUGCCGAGCAAUCAAUUAUCAACGACAAACCGAAGAAAGCACGCAUUAGCAAGUGA